AAAGCCAGUCCAGCUAGGGUCAAUAUAAUUACCUGUAAAGCCAGUCCAACUAGAGUCAAUAUAAUUACCUGUAAAGCCAGUCCAACUAGAGUCAAUAUAAUUACCUGUAAAGCUAGUCCAGCUAGAGUCAAUAUAAUUACCUGUAAAGCCAGUCCAGCUAGAGCCAAUAUAAUUACCUGUAAAGCCAGUCCAACUAGAGUCAAUAUAAUUACCUGUAAAGCCAGUCCAGCUAGAGUCAAUAUAAUUACCUGUAAAGCCAGUCCAGCUAGAGCCAAUAUAAUUACCUGUAAAGCCAGUCCAGCUAGAGCCAAUAUAAUUACCUGUAAAGCCAGUCUAGCUAGAGUCCAUAUAAUUACCUGCAAAGCCAGUCCAGCUAGGGUCAAUAUAAUUACCUGUAAAGCCAGUCCAGCUAGAGCCAAUAUAAUUACCUGUAAAGCUAGUCCAGCUAGAGACAAUAUAAUUACCUGUAAAGCCAGUCUAGCUAGAGUCAAUAUAAUUACCUGUAAAGCCAGUCCAACUAGAGUCAAUAUAAUUACCUGUAAAGCCAGUCUAGCUAGAGUCGUUAUAAUUACCUGUAAAGCCAGUCCAACUAGAGUCAAUAUAAUUACCUGUAAAGCCAGUCCAACUAGAGUCAAUAUAAUUACCUGUAAAGCUAGUCCAGCUAGAGUCAAUAUAAUUACCUGUAAAGCCAGUCCAACUAGAGUCAAUAUAAUUACCUGUAAAGCCAGUCCAACUAGAGUCAAUAUAAUUACCUGUAAAGCCAGUCCAACUAGAGCCAAUAUAAUUACCUGUAAAGCCAGUCCAACUAGAGUCAAUAUAAUUACCUGUAAAGCUAGUCCAGCUAGAGUCAAU